AUGGCUUUCGCAAGAUUCAUUGCCCAAAUAAUCAGGUUGAGAGCGCAUUUCCCUGAUUAUGCCAUAAAGAAAGUCAGGCUUGAUAAUGCUGGUGAAUUCACUUCAGCAGCCUUUAAUGACUUUUGUAUGUCUGUGGGAAUCGAUGUUGAACAUCCGGUUCCGCACGUUCAUACGCAAAAUGGCAUGGCUGAGUCAUUAAUAAAGCGGUUGCAGUUAAUUGCAAGACCGUUAAUCUUGAGAACAAAACUCCCAAUCACUGUAUGGGGACAUGCAAUAUUGCAUGCGGGAGCCUUGGUUCAAGUGAGACCAAGUGCUUAUAAUAAAUUUUCGCCCAUACAGUUGGCAUUUGGAAAUAUGCCAAAUAUAUCCCAUCUCCGGGUAUUCGGGUGUGCGGUCUAUAUCCCAAUAGCGCCACCACAGAGAUCAAAAAUGGGACCACAGAGGAGAUUGGGAAUAUAUGUCGGGUAUUCGUCCCCUAGUAUAAUAAGGUAUCUUGAACCGGCAACUGGUGAUAUGUUUACGGCACGAUUUGCCGAUAGCCACUUUGAUGAAAAUGAAUUCCCUGCGUUAGGGGGAGGGUCGAGAGAAUCACCAAAUGAUAUCACCAAAUGGUGUACACACUCUUUGGCUUAUCUUGAUCCUCCUUCUAAUCAACGCGAGGUGGAAGUUCAGAAAAUUAUACAUAUGCAAAGAUUGGCUAACCAGUUGCCCGAUGAGUUCACAGAUACGAAAAGGGUGACGAAGUCCUAUAUCCCCGCUGCUAAUGCUCCAUCAAAAAUAGAAGUUCCUCAUGAACAUUUUGAUGUGAAUAGAGCAAGUGAACCGGUUCAAUUAAAGCGCGGGAGGCCUAUAGGAUCAAAGGAUAAAUAUCCCCGAAAGAAAAAGAAUUGUGGAGUAAAGGUUCCUGAUGAACCGAAAUGUCUUGAAGACAUUUCCGAACAGGUUCUUGUAGAACCUGAUAAAGAGGUUCGUCAAGAUGACGAACCAGAGACAGAAAAAUUUGAGAUUUCCAUCUCCUUCGCCCAAAGUGGAAAAAUAUGA